ACACAAAAAAUGUUAAAAUACUUUACUUACCUUAACUCUUGUUGUCCUCUUAUGUUAUAAAUACAACACCAGUUCUGUUUCUUGCUACUUCAAUCAUAACAUACAUACACUUUCUCUCUCUCUCUCUCUCUCACUCUUUCAUAAGCCAUUUUCCUACUCUGUCUUCGACAUGAAUAAACUACGUGCUUUAUCAAGUUUCUGUUCCAUUUUGCUGCUUUUGGAAUUGGUUUUCGUUGCUGCGGAAGAUCCUUAUAGAUUCUUCGACUGGACCGUUACCUACGGUGACAUUUAUCCUCUAGGAGUUAAACAGCAGGGUAUUUUGAUCAAUGGCCAAUUCCCAGGCCCUGAAAUCUACUCUGUUACCAAUGACAAUUUGAUCAUCAACGUACGCAAUAACUUGACCGAGCCGUUUCUUCUAUCUUGGAAUGGUGUUCAACAAAGGAGAAAUUCUUAUCAAGAUGGAGUUUAUGGAACCACAUGCCCAAUCCCUCCAGGGCAGAACUUCACAUACACACUUCAAGUCAAAGAUCAAAUUGGGAGUUUCUUCUAUUUCCCAUCUCUUGCUUUUCAUAAAGCAGCUGGUGGUUUUGGUGCAAUCAAAAUCCUCAGCAGACCAAGAAUCCCUGUCCCAUUUCCUGACCCAGCUGGUGAUUUCAGUCUUCUUAUUGGUGAUUGGUACCAAAUCAAUCACAAGACACUUCAAAGUGUUCUAGAUUUUGGACACAGACUCCCAUUGCCUCAGGCCGUUCUUAUCAACGGUCGUCCAAACGGCACAACAUUCACAGUGGAACAAGGGAAGACAUACAGGCUUAGAAUAUCAAAUGUUGGACUUGAAAACUCUCUGAACUUUAGGAUUGAAGGCCACACCAUGACGUUGGUGGAAGUUGAGGGAACUCACACCAUCCAAACCAAGUAUUCCUCGUUAGAUGUUCAUGUGGGACAGUCUUAUUCUGUGCUUAUCACAGCUGAUCAAGCUCCCAAAGACUACUACAUUGCCGUGUCCACUCGUUUCACUGACAAAAUCAUCACAAGCACCGCCAUCCUUCACUACAGUAACUCCCAGCAAUCCGUUUCUGGCACAAUCCCUGGUGGCCCAACCGAUCAGAUUGAUUGGUCCAUCCAACAAGCUCGUUCAAUCAGGACAAACUUAACAGCAAGUGGACCAAGGCCAAAUCCUCAAGGCUCCUACCAUUAUGGUUUGAUUAAUAUCAGUAGGACAAUUACAUUGUCGAGUUCAGCAGCACAAGUGAACAAGAAACAGAGAUAUGCAGUGAACAGUGUAUCAUUCGUAGCAGCUGACACUCCUUUGAAGCUCGCGGAUUACUUCAAGAUUGGUGGGGUUUUCAAAGUAGGAAGCAUUCCCGAUAGCCCUUCUCGUAAACCCAUGUAUCUUGACACCUCAGUCAUGGGUGCUGAUUUUCGGGCCUUCGUUGAGAUCGUGUUUCAGAACAACGAGAACAUCGUCCAGAGCUGGCACAUUGACGGAUACUCCUUCUGGGUUGUAGGAAUGGAUGGUGGUGUGUGGACACCUCAAAGUCGAAACGAGUACAACCUCAGAGAUGCAGUGUCAAGGUGCACAACACAGGUGUAUCCCAAGUCAUGGACUGCAAUUUACAUGGCACUGGAUAAUGUGGGUAUGUGGAAUGUGAGGAGUGAAUUCUGGGCACGACAGUAUCUUGGACAACAAUUUUAUCUGCGAGUGUAUUCACCAGUUGGAUCCAUCAGGGAUGAAUACCCAAUUCCCAAAAAUGCUCUUCUUUGUGGCAAAGCAGCAGGAAGAACAAGUAGAUGAGAAUCUCCAUGGGAAUCAAAUUAUUCAAUCUCAAACACCUAUGAUGUCUGUCAUUAACUUAGGGACUCACUUGGUCCCAUUCUUUGCAAAUUUCUUCACCAUUUCUUUGUAUGGAUACUUAAGCACCAUCAUGUAUUGUAAUAAUUGAAUUGUCACCAUUGAUUUAUUUUUUAAACAAAUAAAUUUCUCACAUGUAUCGGUGAAUCUCUUGUUUUAA